GACGCCGGAGCAGCCCGCGGCGGCGGGCGGGGCAGACUGGCCGCGGGUGCUGCUGCGAUGGCCGGGGCGCUAGCGGGGCUGUCCGGGGGUUUUCCUGGGCCGCGUGCGGAGCCGGCGCCGGACUCGGACUCGGACACGGACUCGGAGGGGCCGGGCCCUCGGCGCGGGGCCGCCUCGCUGCUCCGCUCGCCGCAGGUCAUCCACAGCGGCCACUUCAUGGUGUCAUCGCCACACAGCGACUCGGUGCCCCGGCGUGGCACCCAGGAGGGGCCCGUGGGGCCCGGGGACUUCGGGCCGCGCAGCAUUGACCCCACGCUCACCCGCCUCUUCGAGUGCAUGAGCCUAGCCUACAGUGGGAAACUGGUGUCUCCCAAGUGGAAGAACUUCAAAGGCCUCAAGCUACUCUGCAGGGACAAGAUUCGCCUCAACAACGCAAUCUGGAGGGCCUGGUACAUCCAGUAUGUCCAGCGGAGGAAGAGCCCCGUCUGUGGCUUCGUGACCCCUCUGCAGGGUUCUGAGGCCGAUGAGCACCGGAAGCCAGAGGCCGUGGUGCUGGAGGGAAAUUAUUGGAAGCGGAGAAUUGAGGUUGUCAUGCGAGAGUACCACAAGUGGCGGAUAUACUACAAGAAGCGGCUCCGAAAAUCUAGCAGGGAAGGGGACCUCUUGGCCUCCAAGCAGGCGGAGGGGGGGUGGAGGCCGCCAGAACGAUGGUGCGAGCAGCUCUUCUCCAGUGUGGUACCGGUGCUGCUGGGGGGGCCCGAAGAAGAGCCGGGGGGCCGGCAGCUCCUCGACCUCGACUGCUUCCUGUCCGACAUCUCCGACACGCUUUUCACCAUGACCCAGCCUGGUCCUGCCCCACUCCAGCUGCCUCCUGAUGAUGCCUACAUUGGCAAUGCUGACAUGAUCCAACCAGACCUGACCCCCCUGCAGCCCAGCCUGGACGACUUCAUGGAUAUUUCAGAUUUCUUCACCAGCCACCGACCCCCGUCAACACCUGGGAGCUUCCCAGAGCCCCCCAGCUUUAGCCCCAUGGCUGACCCUCUGUUUGGUGGUGGGUUCCUGACACCAGAACCCCCGGCCACCACCCCAGGGGUGCCCCUCCUCCUGGGCAGCCGCCUACAGGCCCGGAGCAGCUGCUCUGGACCCUUGGACUCACCUGCUUUCCUGAGUCCCGACUACCUCCUGCCAGAAGACCCCAAGGCCAAACCCCCCCAGUCCCUCCUCCAUUUCCCUACUCCCACCAAGGUGGCGGGCCUGGAGCCCUGUCCCUCUACACCCUUCUCCUCUAUGGCCCCUUCCCCUCUCCUGAUGCAAGAGGACUCCCUAUACCCACCCAGGUUUCCCUUCCCUAACACAGCCCUACCUUCAGCAGUCUCUCCACUCCCUACCCCUGCCAACUUCCCCCCCACCCACCCUAGCACUGGCCCCUCCCCAUCCCCUUUCCCCCUGGAGCUCCUUCCUUCAGGAUACCCAGAGUCCUGCUGUGGGCCCCAAUUUGCUGUGCCCCGCCCACGGCUCAAAAGCAAGCCUCCCACACCAGCCCCCCGAGUGCGAAGGCCCAGCCCCCCAGCCUUGGCAGGGGGGUCCAACCCCUGCCUCACACAGCUGCUCACUGCUGCCAAACCGGAGCAAAUGCUGGAAACGCCACUCCCCUCGAGCACCGCUCUCAGGCCUUCUGGAUCCCCGAAGCCAGGACCUCCUGACUUUCCCUGUGCCUUCUACUCCCCACCUGUGGCUCAGCCCCAGCCUCAGCCCACCCUGACCCCCAUAACACUGGCUCCUCCCAGGCCCUUACUGGUACCCAAAGCAGAGCGGCUUUCACCUCCAGCACCCGGAAAUGAGCGGCGUCUGUCUGGGGAGCUGCCCCCCAUGCCUGGCCCAGUGGGGCUGGGCACACGGAUCUCUCCCCCACAGCCCACUUUGGGUAGAGGACGUCUGGACAGCAACAAGACAGAGAACCGGCGCAUCACUCAUAUCUCAGCGGAGCAGAAGCGACGUUUCAACAUCAAGCUGGGAUUUGACACUCUACACGGGCUGGUGAGCACACUCAGUGCCCAGCCCAGCCUCAAGGUGAGCAAGGCCACGACUCUGCAGAAGACAGCAGAAUACAUCAUGAUGCUGCAACAGGAGCGGGCAGCCAUGCAGGAAGAAGCCCAGCACCUGCGGGACCAGAUCGAGGAGCUCAACACAGCCAUCAACCUCUGCCAACAGCAGCUGCCCGCCACAGGUGUGCCCAUCACCCACCAGCGCUUCGACCAGAUGAGGGACAUGUUUGACGACUACGUCCGGGCUCGCACCCUGCACAACUGGAAAUUCUGGGUCUUCAGCAUCCUUAUCCGGCCUUUGUUUGAGUCCUUCAACGGGAUGGUGUCCACAGCAAGUCUACACAGCUUACGCCAGACUUCCCUGGCCUGGUUGGACCAGUACUGUUCUCUGCCUGCCCUGCGCCCUACGGUCCUAAGCUCUCUCCGCCAGCUGAGUACCUCUACCUGCAUCCUGACUGACCCUGCCCGUGUCCCUGAGCAGGCUGCUCGAGCUGUCACAGAGGGCAACCUCAGUCAUCCCUCAUAGGGGCCUAGAGACUAGCCUGGCAUGACCUACACUGCAGACCUCCACCCUCAACAACUUGGGAUUUCCCCCCACCCCACCCCAGUGCUUCUCAUCUGGGUGUGGGAUCCAGAAUCCUCUGUCAAAGGGUGGGGGCAGGUAUACCGAGAAUCAUAACAUAAUAGCUGCACCAGCCUUGACAGAGGGGAAGCAGACCCCAGGGAGAAAGAGGGCUUUAGGGGACAGGAAGCAUGGGGAUAACCUCCUUGUCUGGGCUCAUGCCCUGUUCCCCUACUCACCAUGGUAGGUAUUGUAUCUAUGGUACAAUACAUGGUAGGUAUUGUAUCUAUGGUACAAUGGCCACCAGCCAUGGAGAAAUUACAAGUGGGCAUCCCACCAAAAUGUCAUUAGUAUAUCCCACUAUCCUCUCUUUGAUCUCCCCCUUUUUCCAACCUCUUGCCACCCCCAUGUCUCAUUUCAGCCCCCAAAUGGGAAUCAUCCCAGGGAAAGAGGUAAAAGUUAAUUCAUUUUGGAGGGGAGGGAGGUAGGGAAUCUGGUAUCAUGAGCCUUUAGCUGCCCCCAAGCAGCUGGGUGGUCCCUGCCUCCCCAGGCUACAAAGCUGGAGGGAGCCCUGGCCACUGCAAACUACCAUCUCCCUCUCCCCAUCUCUACUCCAAGUAGGGCUAAUGGAAGGGUGAAUAAUGGGAAGGCAAAGGUUACUCCCUCAUUUGACCUCUGAAGCACAGUUCUAUGCCAGGGGGAAAACACAGGAUUUCAAGAGAGGCGUCCUGGGUUCCAUCACAGUUCUGCUUGCCCUCUCUGAGCCUCAGUUUCUUUUGCCAUAAAAUGGGGGUGUGGGAGUAGAGGCUAUCCCAGGUGCUGUUAUCUAGGCUGAGAGAUGAGGGAAUUUGGGAGAACCAGGGAACAGAAAGAAGGGCAUGGAUUCGGGUAGAGUCCCCAAGGUUCCAAAAGGAGGAGUGAGGACCAGGUAUGGAGGGUCCCGUAUGGCUCACAUACCCUCUUCCCUUCCCCUCCUCCUCCAGUCCCAGGAUGGACAAGGAUUUCCUUCUUUCCUUGUUUCCUCCCCUGUGAUUCCUCUGGUUCUUUAAAUCUAAAGUGAGACCAUCUCUGAGUGUCUAGGAGAGGGACCCCCAGCUAAAGUCACAGGGAACCUCUCCUGCUGCCCACCCCCAUUCUCUACCCUGGCAGUUAUCAUCGAUGGAUGCACCAAAGGACUGCUGCCUGGGGACAGGGGCCAAUAGCCUAAUGCCAGGGGGAUUGGGCUAGGGAGGCAAAACCAGGAGAGCUUGGCCCAGACAAGACUCCUGGUCAUUGGAAGAGCAGCAGGCAUAGCAGGCGUCUUUCUGGUGUGUGUGUGUGUGUGGAUUUUCUGAAGAAUUCUUGUCAAAUAAAAAAAGAGAGUAUCUGCCAA